AGUCCUCCCUUCAGUUACACGCUAUCCCGGCGCCGGGGUGCAUACCCGCGUCGCGCAGGGAUAUCCACGGGGAAAUGACGGAAGUGUGUUACUAGGCCGAGUGGCACACGUGAUUACUCUCUCUUCUUCGGUGCGGCGCUACCCUUCGGCAACAUCAUGCCCGGCGUCGGCGUUUUCCGGCGGCUGCGUCCAACGAGCCGACGAUAAUAUCGCGUGCGAUGAUUGUGCCUUUUCGUGGCGUGAAAUGAAUUUCCCUCUCGCAAGAGAGGGAAGUGCGUGCGAGUCACUUGGCACGAGUAGACGAAAUUUUUAUCUUGCGGGUUGUCGAUUUCUAUGCGUGCGUCGACGACUCCGACGUUCCCCAAUCGGGGAUUGAUCCACUCCGGCUGAUGGAGUGUUGUUGACUCUACCGAGGGUGUGUGCAGGACAUAGGCGUAAUAUUAGCGGUUCAUGUUGGAUCUGGUCUGGUGAGGUGAGACACGUGGUAGCGAUGGCAGCACCAAUGAUUUUACUAAUUAUUACACCGUGUUCGAUUAAUUAAACUCAAUCUCGUUCGUUCGCGAUCUCGAAACAUUUUAGUGAUAUUUAAAGCAAUCAUGGAUAAACGGCGGUCCAUGGACGGGGGAACGCAAGAGUAUCCUCUGCCUAUUCCGGUUCAGAUGUUUCUUUGGCGUCACAUAAGGCCAUUUAUUCGAGCUAAGCUAGGAAAACUUCACGAAGCAUCUUGCACGUUCUGUCAACACGCGCCAGGCCAUCAUGAAAUGAAGGAAGCGUGCACGUGCCUUGAAAGGGUUUUAGUACAGGAUCUUCACAAUGAUCUGACACCCUCGUUGAGCGAGAUAUUGAGAAGUGUGCCACGUUGGCGUUUAAUUCAGGCCGCUCUUCCUUACGUUCUCCACGCUACGGCUAGUCUCUUGCACAAUAGGAAGGAUUUUCAGACCCUCGGCACGAUGGAAACGACUCUUCUUUACAUUCUUCACUGGAUACUUUUGGAUUCAGCUGAAGAAUGCGCGGAGAACGAGGCCGACCCGUCGAAUCCUUUUUUCUACUUGUUUCCGAUACCUACCAUGACUCUCUUCAUCUAUCUAUUUGCACCUCUGUGCAAUCACUUAAAAGACAUUGAUUUUAAGACGAAUUUACGAUUGGAGAACGGCCUAAAAAUAUGGUCUGCCAUGUACGAAUGCCGGCAUCCGGAUACAACUUGCUUUACAGCGCAUUGUCGUGCCAAGCCGCGCAUUUAUUGGAGCCAAUCCUUCAAGUCCGCCAAGCAUCACAUGUUGUCGGAUGACGUUUUCGUUGGCGGAAAUGUAGAAAGUCCACCUAGCCAAUCGACCUCGGAACAAAGCGCUCCGCUGCCUUCGAGAGCAAUUGACGAAGAUCAGCAGAGUACUUGGCUGUCGUCACCGAAGGACACGGUUUUCCCGGAAACGAUCCCUGAGGAAAACUCCGGUGCAGAGGACGAGCACGUGGUAAUAUUCAGAUUACCAUCUUUGACUGAAUCGGAGAGAAUGCUCGAUGGGGUAAAAGAAGUCUCCACUAUAUUCGCAGGCGAGGCCAGCAUCUUUCACGUCGCGAUGGGCAGGACGACCACCUCCUCGAGAUCUACGAUAGAACAGUUCACGAUAGAACAGGUCACGGCAAUUUCUGGAUUGGACACGUGCAAACAGUAUCAUGGAAAAGCUACGAGAACCGGAGGUAUGGACAGGGAGAAAGAGGAGAGAAUUAAAACGGAAAAAGAAGCGCAGGAGACUUCGAAAACGCGCGGAAGUUUCUCAAUACAACGUCAAACAGCAACUGAUACAUCUACAACCGAGCGCACCACCGGUUCUACAUUCGUCGAUUCGGACGUUCGUGCGGCAACCUUUCUAGACGUGGCCACUUUGAGAUGUCUGUUCGUGCCUCAAUGGCAGGAGGAAGGCGUUCACUGGGCUCUUCAAUUUUUCUAUUAUCGGCUACGAAGAAUCAACGAAGAAACCUCGGUGCAACAGAUGCCACGUCGCCGGAGCAACUCCUUGCCUAUACCGAAAAUCGAAGUCUCGUUUUAUCAGAGCCCCGAGAGUAAGAAGAAGGAUGUAAAGGAUUUUAUCGAGGUGCCCGACACGCGCGAUGCCUCUUUGACAACGGACUUGGUCACAUUUUCAGAUUUAUCAUACGCGAAGGCCAAGAAGGCGAAUCGGCAUACCAGACGCGCCAGCGAGAAGACGAAAAAGCGCAUGAAAAUGGCCGAUCUUAAGGCCUUUGUGGAAACAAAACUUCUCUCGAAGUCGGAGAAGGCACUUGAGAAAAUUGGCCAGGAAGAACCCAAAAUGUUAUUCGAGCAGGAACGUCAUACAAGUCUUGAUACUGGAGAGGAUCAUUUGACUGGAGGAUCGAGACCAACUUCGGCCAGUUCGAAGAUUUUUGAGGCAAAGGACAUCGAUUACAUGAAGCAUCCUACGAAUCUAAUCAAAGGGAAGAGUAUGCCGAGUUUAAGCUGCUUGAUUAACGAGCUGACCGCGGGAGGGUACAUCGGCGAUACUCGCAUCGAGAGGAAGCAGAGUCGGUUUUACAGUCAGUCCUACACCGCGCCGAACCCUAUUAUCACCGUCACGGAACACACGCCAACCCCAUCCCCCGAUUACAUGAAGCGUCAGGGAUCUAUCGACAGUCAGUUAGAUAUCAUCAGCGUCCAAGGCAGUCGUUUGUGUUCUGAGAGGAAACCCAGUCUCACGAGGUCUCAGACGGAUUCCAAUAUCACUUACAUGAGCGACGAAGUGCCGGAAGCUCCGGGCUCCGCGUGUUACAUCACCAAGGAAGGCGAUGUUGAUCUUCAAGUCGUCUUGAAGGCGAUACACUUUGUUGCUUUGCGAGAUAGUACCACCUGUACGCCGCGAGUCUGCGAGAUUAUGCUGAACUUGAUGGAGCUCUUAAUGGACAUGGGAGUGAUGAAGCAUUGCCUGCGAGAGGAGGCCAUCGGCAGUAAUGCAGGAUCUGGUACGGGGAUCGACAAUAAGUCGGAAACAGGAAAGAAGCAGGAUUCGCCGACGGAACAGGAACAUAGAUACGAUCUGAGUGGCAAGGGCAAGCCGACCGCUCACAAUCUCCUCAUGAACUGCGUGAUCCGAGUGUUGAGGCAUCUAGGCUGCCCGCACGGUUGCUUGGACGGGGUACGCGGGCCUCAGGCUGAUAUCUGCCGCUCCCAGGGUCAGACUAUCCUGACGAAACUGCAUCGCGCGAGCUCCCGUCAAUUCUCGCGAUUUUUACGAAUGAUGGUACGAGAGCAGCCGUUGACGGAAAUCUUGGACUUCUUUCACGCGUAUGUUGGAUACUGCGUCGAUCCGAGUUCAUUGCUGUCGCCGCUUAAUCAGAAAAGAAUGUCGGGAAAAUCGCCGGAUGUGGCAUCUCAAAGUGGCUACGCGACGAACUUCGGCGCCGGCGGAAGCGGGGUCGGCACUUCGGGCGGCAGCGGCGGCAACGUCAUCACGACGGCGAGCGGCGUCGCGACGUCGUACAACGCCGGCGGUUACGGGUCGCGCGGUAUCGAGGGUCAGAUCGUGGCCUGCGUGUUCAAGGUCCUGGUUACACGCCUCAUCGGUUCCACAAAGCAGCUGAAGGCGCAGGAGAACAUCAACCUUUACUGCGACGUGCGACAACUGAUGACAUACGUCAAGGAGGCGCACGGUGGUAUCUUCCGACGGGUCGCUCUGAGCGGGAUCCUGGAUUCCGCGGAUCGGCCGAAUAAACGAUGCAACAGCAACAUGCAGACAACGCGUGUUAUUAGACACAUUCAUCAAUCGGAUUUAGAGGAACAUGCGGACAUCGGUGGAGACACGUGUUUCACCGUUGACGACAGAGGCACGCGAAAGUUCCUCUUUAAGAAGAGGAGCACAUCGUCCACUUGCGCUGCGGGAUCGAAUUUGCAGAGUCUCCUCGAAACGGAAUUGAGCGAGGAAAACGUCAAGAUCAGUCAGAGCCCGUUGGGCAAUCUGCGCAAAAAACAUCACGUAUUGACGCCCCGGCAGAGCGAGCGCAACUUAGGUAUCGGUGAGCCUUCUCUGAUGGGACCGCGGAAAUCGACGCGGUUUCAAAUCGGUGGUAUCGUUAAUUGGUUCCGGAAGGAGUACAGUCGGACCGAUUCUACUGAUAGCCACGAGAGCAGCGAGUCGCCUACAGACGGCAGCUUUGUUAGACAACCCAGCUUCCAUUACGGCCAUCAUCGCAGCGCGUCGCGAACCGGUCGCGGAGUUGGUAUAACUCUGCAAAAAGCGAAACGUCGGAUGGAGGAUCAGUUGAAUAAAAUCGGCUUUGGAAAGAGCAAGAAGAAGGAAAGCAUGGAAGAGACACCCGGAAAUUAUUUCAGUCGAAAGAAUUCCAUGGAGCUCGGCGAGGCUUGCAGAGAGUCCGAGUUCAUUGUACUGAAGGAAAGAAGAUUGGUACCUCGCUUCGCGGUGUUCGAAGGAAUGUUACGAUUCUCAUUCCUUCUGGAGACCUGCCAACCAGGCUCCGUUCCCGAUCCCCAUCUAAUGGCGUCGCUUCUAGACCUUCCAUACGCGCCGAUAGUAUCUCGCGCUUGCCUGAUGCUGGAGUGCGCGUAUUUGGUGCACCAGUGCAACAAGGGCCACUGGCCCGCGUGGAUGAAGCACAAUUUCCCCAUGUUCCGACCGUCUGUGCCGAUAAACAAUCGAAACGCCUCCACCGCACUUAGACGCGUUCACAUUCUACAACGCACCGCGGGAAAGUUAUUUUAUCAAUGGGCCGAGGCAAUAGGAGCGCGCUUGGAAGAGUUCAUGGCUGAGGAUAAGCAAAAUAUGGAGCAGGUAACCAGUAUAGUGUCUGAUGAGAGCAAACAGAGAGACUUGGUUUUGGAAGAUGAGGAGGAAGACUUCCUUGAUGAUGCUAGCAUAAAUAAUUAUGGGUCCCAAUGCCCGUUCGCGUUACGUCUCGUCGCUUGUGUUCUGCUGCUGGAAGUGACAGCGUUUCUCAGAGAGACUUACCAAACUUUACCGAAGUCGAGUAAACUGUUGACGAAGGAACGUCCGCCGCCCUGGGAAAGGAUGUACAGUCGAGAGGCGAACCGACGGUGGAGCGUGGCUCUGUCGUCCAUGGGCCACUCGCAGGCGUCCGCGCAGAGCCUUCAAUCCAUAGCCGGCGAUCGCGACGUUGUCGCGGAGCGCAAAAUCAGUUUUGUCCUCUACGAACCCGAUAAUGAGUCUGAGGGAAGCAGCAAAUCGAAUGUUACGAUUCAAGGUGAGGAAGCCCAAAAUGUCGAGAAGGAGAAGGCAAAGAGGGUGCAGGCACCUCAAAGUAGGCCGUUCCUCCUUCGUCGCAGUACUGCCAGUGCUGCGACUGGCUCGUUUAAAAAGAGAAGCCUUAAACUCCGUCGCAAUACCAAGGAGGGCAAAGAUACGGAGUGCGAAGCGUAUACAGUAAAACGUGCAGAUUCGAUUCAAUCUAAGAGAAAAGUGAGCUCGCUGUCCGAUAGAAGCGACACGUCCGAGCCCGGUGUCGCCGGCGAAGUCAGCGGCGACGAAUCGCCGGGAAUUCUCAGCGACGAUCAGCCACCGGAGAGUCCGAGCGACAGUAACGAAACCGACGAGACUAACAAGAAUUUUCCGUGGAUGAAAGUGCUGGUGCAAGUCGCCAAUUCCUUCAAUUUUUAUUGCUCCCACCAGAACUUCUGUCAUCCCUUCUGUCAUCGACGACAAAUGCGCGCCAGCAGCAGAUUGAUAAAGUCGGUGAGGAAGAUCUACGGAGAGAAAUUUGGUAUGCUAAACGGCACGGGUUUGUUGGAUAUUGACACUGAUAAGAAGGAUGAUAAGAAGGACAAACGCAGCCGUAAAGUGUCUGACCAAACUAGCGCGCAGGUGUCGCCUAUUCGAAGGAGAGACAGCGUGGGGCGAAAGUACAAGAUAGAAAAAAAUCUAGAUGGUUCUCAAUCCGGUCGAUUAACUCAACCGGAUUCUUCAAAAGAUCUCGCAGAGCAGGACUCUGAAAGAGGCAAGGAGUCCUUGAGAAGAAGCACAACAAAAAUCGAUGUUGAAGAAGAGAAGGAUAAAGAGCCACCGCCAAUCUUGAAAUAUGUAAAGACUCAAGUAAAGGACGCUUUUCACGCACCUCUGGCCACGUUAAUCAAAGGGGCGGUCGUCAUGACGGAGGAUUUGUUUGUGGAGGUGCUGCCUGUCGCGUGGGAGCUCUUAUUGGAGUCCAAUCAAGAAGUCGCCGCGUCGGCAGCGGCGCUCUUUAUAGUGUCAGCCGUGCGCGCACCGAAUCAGGCCAGCGAUCUGAUGCACAAGGGUCUUCAGCACAGCAACACCAGCGUGCGCAUCAAUGCCAUUUUGCGAUUUCAAGUUCUGUGGAAAUUGCGAUACCAAGUGUGGCCGCGGAUGGAGGAGGCGGCUCAUCUGACUUUCAAAGUAUCUCCGCCAGGUAUAGAAUUUACUCUGCCCUCGCCGAAGAUCGGGAUAGAAUCCUUGCCGGUGGUCGAUCCACCCUGGAUGCCCCAGGUCAAAACGAAAGUCGAGGAGGUCACUAUCAAUCAGGAACAUCAUAGAUCUCUAGUGACCGCGACGAAAACGCGGAAAAAGCAGCAGACCGAACUGAUCACAAGGGCUCUUCAGGCGCAAGACGACAAGAAGCGGGAGGAGAGAGAAAAUUUUCUUAUUACGACGAUACCGAUCACCGUGCAAGCCGCUUACGAGCCCAGUCCAGUAGGGGACGAUCACGACGAAGGAAAUGUAGGGGACGAAGAUGCUGCUGACACUGUGCCGAGGAAUACUCAAACGCAUCACGCUCAGUCGGCUCUCUCGUUGUUUCCCUCAUCGCUAUGUUCAGCGAUUGUUCAAAUUAUUAAUCUCCUGGACGAUCCAGCGGUCUCCGACGAUGGAAAUGCGGUGUACGAAGUGGCGUAUCAGGUGAUCUGGAGUUGCUUGGUGGAAGACAGCGCGCUGUUUCUCCGCUACGUACUGGAACGUCUUACGAGAGAGAAGCAGGAGUUAAUGUUCAAGAUUCUGAGACACCUUAUCAGAUUUGUCCCGAAGUUGCCGCAACAGGCUGCGUUCGCGCUGUACAAUUAUAUUAUCGGAUACGUCAUGUUUUAUGUCCGCACUCCACACGAGGAGGGCCAAAAGUUGAUCGGAACCGCGUUGUCAAUUCUGUGGAUGGUGGUGCACAGUGUACACGGCAUUAUGUUCAAAGAUCUAAAGCAAAUCCUGCGCAAGGAACAAUGCGAUGCGUCAAUUCUACUUACAGCGAAUGUUCCAUCGGCGAAGAAAAUCAUCGUUCACGGACCGCAGGAUCCUGACGCCGGAGAGAUACCCUCGCAGUUUCCGGUCCAAGAGGACACGCAAUUUUGUCAGAUACUCCGGGAGUCCUUGGACUUUUUUGGUGUCGAGGAAUCAAAGCAUCACGAGUAUUUCCUCGUGGAUUACAAAACGCAUCAAAUACACAAUCCAUCGUCGUACGUCAGAGACCACUAUUUUUUCAAGAGAUCUCAAUUCCCGCAAAUCGAACUCGUUCACAUGAAGCCGGAGGAUGCGUUCAAUGCAUUGCAACGGCAGGAAUUGAUGCACAAAUUCGUAGAAAUAGGAAAGGUACUGCUGACCUGGGCGAUUCUGAAGAAUGUUGAUAUGGUAGUGCAGAGAGUUGUGUUUCUUCACGAAGAACUCAUGAAGCUACCAUCGUUUCCGCGAAAGGCAUUAGAAGCGGACUUGGAUCUGUACAAAGGUGGCGAAAUCGGCAGAGAACUCCUUGGGUUGGAUGUGAUGCACAAAUUUAUGUGGGUCAGACUGAUCGCGCGCAUGUUCGAGGCCAUGGCCGGCAAUUUCGCGUAUUCCGGUGAUAUACACCUCUUUCUGAACGUCUUGAACGGCGCCGUGAUCAUUCACAGCGAGGACUCUUGCAUUCUACGCUACGUUGUGGCGACCUACAUAAACGCUGCGAUGAACUUUAAAAAUAUCUUCUCGACAAACGGCUACUUGCUAAUCAUGCCGACCUUACUGCAACUAUACUCGACGCAUCAGACCAACAAGCUCGUGACGACCACUGUCGAGUACGCCGUCAAGCAAUUCUAUCUCAUGAACCGUAAACCUUUCAUUUUACAAAUGUUUGGCAGCGUUUCUACCAUAUUGGACACGGACAUGAUAAGUGUCCACGGCGAGGCUCAUAAGGUUCCAUCUACGUGCCUAUUUAACUUAUUAUUGAGUUUGGAAACUCCGUCGCCGGAUCCACUCAAUAUAGGGGAAUUAGUGAAGGAAGAAAAGCCUUUGAAAGCGAUAGAUUUUUGUUAUCAUGACGAAAACGAAAUGGUCGAUGUGCUCGACUGUAUAUCUCUCUGCGUGAUGGUGAUAGCUUAUGCACCUGACUCGAUCAGAGGCCAACAGAUGCUGACAAUAUUGGAGGCAAUAUUGCCGUGCUACGUUCGACAGAUUCAAUUACCCACGUACAAUAAGGAAGGCAAAACGGAGAAGGAGAUAAUAAAUCAAUUGGCAAUUGCAGUUAGGACAUUAGUCAACAAUUCCGAAGCGUUGACAAAGUAUUAUAAUGGUCCGCAGAAAUCGAGUCCCGAACAUAAAGGUUCCAGUCAACGGAAUUACGGCAAAGGUCCGUAUUCGCCGGGCUUCGAUUUCGAAGAAGACACCCACACGAAAUAUUUAGAACAUUCGAAAGCUCGACACUUUUAUGAUCGAGACGAGGAUUUCCAUAAGAACGAGUUCAGAAGACCGCGCGACACUUUGUUAAAUAUGGUCGGGGAUUUUGUGGCUCGCUGUUCCGUUCGUUUGGCAGAGCUUAACAGGAAGUCUCAGGAUUCAAAAAAUAUCGAAUUACUGGAUUCAAAAUGCCAUGUGCGCUUAGCUGACAUCGCUCAUAGUCUUCUGAAAAUUUCUCCAUACGACCCGGUUACUAUGGGUUGCCGCGGGCUCAAGCGAUACAUGAACGAUAUUCUCCCUUCAACCGAGUGGGCGGCCGACGAGAUGAGACCGGCGUUAACGCUCAUUCUCAGGAGAUUGGAUAAGACCUUCAGUAAAAUACACAAAAAACCGUCGAUCAGAAGAAAUACCGAUUGGGCCGCUGCCAGUGAUCUUUUGAAAGGGGUUUACGAAACUCUGGCGAAAAGUCCGUACAUCGCGCACUUUCAGUAUUUGAAAACGUUGUUGUCCACUUGUCAGGCUUUAAUUGUCGGAGACCAUCUGUCUGAGGAUUUAACUUCAGCCUCCACAGCUGCUCUAAUGAGCAAGCUGCCCGCACCACUUCCGCCUCCGCAUUUUUGCUCGACGGUGCUACGUCUGAUUGCUCUACACGUGAUAUCCUUCGGCGAGGGAUAUUCCUUGGAAAAUGUUCUCGGCGGUCAGAACAUGUUUGCCACUCAGGCUCGCACGGAGAAUGCCCUGUUGAACUUGUUGAUACCAUUAUUUCUGCGCGUUGGAACUGGGAGAAAAGAUGUACCGAAACUGAAACAAUCGGACAUCUCUUUCGCUUUAACGACCGUACUGAACGCACUUUGGCCGCCGGGUGCGAAACCGAUACCACUGAUGCAAAGACCACCAACGGAUACAAGGACCGGUAGUAUAACGUUCACCGCGCGAGAUCCAAAAGCUCUGAUGAAAACAUCAUUAACAUUAUACCAGGUUGCCUUCUUAGCGCUUAAAAUAAUGACGAUAUGUUUCGAGACUGAACUGAGAACGGAAUGGCGGGUAAUUCUACGUGCGAUGCGUCUCCUGAAUAAGCGCAACGAAGCUUCCACGUACCUCUGGAAUUUCAUAGAAUUUAUCGUGACCCACCGCACAGCUCUGUACAUUCAAAUGCUUCCAUUCAUCGUCUAUAAGAUCGGACAAGCACCGAUAUCCGAGCACGAACGAAACAUGCACACCAUCAUACGCGAGAAGAUCAAUGGGAGCAGUACCACUGUGCCGAAAUCGCGGGGCGCGCUGCUCAUGGAUCUCAUUCACGAGUUGAAGAAUCUAAAGCAGGAAAUUGAGAAUCGAAGAUCCGAUGAGAUGCAAUCGGAACCUAAAAGAAGCGUGGUGGACAUACAUCCGAUAACCGAGAGCCAACAACCGCGCACGCAGAGGCCAUCUCUGUUGAUGGAUCUUUUGACUGGCGAUCUGGGAUCGAGAGCACACAUGAAUCGCACGCCCGCCGAGACACCGGUGUCGCAUUCCACAGCAGCUCAAUCUCAUUCGACCCAAUCCAACACGAGUAGCACGGUUAAAACAAUGCAUCACACUCAAGUAACAGCACCUCCGAACGGCACUCGCAUUGGUGGAUCCGUAUCGAGCACCAGUGCCGGAUCUGCUACUUUGCGCGAGGCGAGCGAAACGGCCGCCGGGGCGACCUGUGCCGAGCAGCCGUCGUCGACGACAGGGGAGACGAUGACGGGCCAGCUAAGUCCAAGCAGUCCGACCGAAGACAGUUCCGGAGAAUUACGUACCGACAGGCCUCGCUUACAACGUUCUAUGGGCCAAAGCAAGAAGACCUUCCGCUUAAGAAAAAGUCGAAAGAGUCACAUUGAGACGACGCAGACAAAGCUGCAGGAGCAGUCGGAUGCAGCGCUCGUGGAACAGCCGUCUAGUCAGCCGAAAGCGACGGGCCAGGCGUCGUCGGCAGCCGAUCCGCCGUCGUCCAACGUCCCAUCCAACUCCUCGUCCGUUCGCUCCAAGCGAAGUCUGUCUCUUCGCAAGUCGGACGGGGACAAGAACUCCAGCGUGCCUGCGGACCAGCAGCAAUUCCACGGGGCGGCGCAUCAGCACCAUCAUUGUCACUACUAUCAUCACCACGCGCAUCCUCAGGUGUCGGACGUGUCCUGGGAUGAGGACACGUCCAGCACUUCCGGCUAUCGUGAAUCGUACAGUAUGCAGAUCGUGUCGCUGGACGGUGCCAAUGCUCGCUCGGGCCAGGCACCGCCCUUGGCGUCGCCGGAUCUGAAUGACAUGCCAUCCACGAGCAGUACGACCACCAAUAAUUACAUAGCCUUCGACGGUAGCUCUCCGGAUUGCUCGUUUAAUGGCAGCGGAGGCGAGAAAACCGCUCUGUUAACUUCGAGCGAGCAGAGAACGACUUCUCAGCAUUCCUUGUUGAUGCAUUCUUUCUUUCCAAAUCAGGACGAAGAUACAUUAAUAUAAAUCACAAAAUUCAUACUUGAUUGAGACUGAUAAUUUAAUAUAACCAAUAGAUGCAAGAAUUUUAAGGUCGUUGGUAAUUUUAGACGAAGUUUGAAUAUCGAGAUUAAUAUGUGAAGAGGUUGAAUUUAUUUUUCUCUUUCUCCGAAAUUUUCCGCGAUUAAUGAAACAAAUGUAUCCUAUUAUUAAUUGACAUAAAAUUAAUAUUAAUACAAUUUUAAUGCAAACCGUGAGGCAUAUGUCCCGAUAAUUAAACUUUGUGGAACACACACAUUCUGUUAAUUUUAAGAUUUCUGCGAGGUAGUCGCGAUAUAGUAUAUUUUGAAUAGUCUUUGAAAAAUCUUUCAUUAAGAUCGUUAAGCAAGCGAAGAGAUCAGAUUGAAAAUAAUUCGUAAAAUAUAGCUCGUUUUUGAUCACGUAAAUUUUGAUGCUUUUAAAGAGUUUAGACUAGGCGUUGUAGUAGGCCUAUAAUCGUUUAUGCUGUGAUUGCAUAUACAGGCAUAUUUGAAAUAAAACACUCUCUAUAUGAAUACACAA